CUAACAUCAGAAUUAAACAUCAAACAUCUUAGCGCUUUCUUCUGCUCAGUGGCGGCGAUGCGACCUCGACCCCGACAACGACGGCGACGUCGACCGUAACAUCCAAUGGCGCCGCCGACUCCGGACGACGUUUUUGGCCUCUAUAUUCAUCAUGGAGGACAUUUUUUCACUCCAAAUGGAAAGUUUCAAAAAUAUAUUGGUGGUGGAAUGGCACAGGCAAGUGAUCUAGACCCAGACAGAUUUGGGUAUUUUGACUUAGUUGAAGAAUUUAAUAAAAUAGGAAUUGACACAUGGGGUAGACUCACCUUUGUGAAUCAUAUGUCAGCAACCCAUGUGAAUAUAAAAAGUGAUAAGGAGGUGAUGGAGAUGUUAUCUGCUACUCUAAGAGAUAGUUUUAACAGAAUGUGUAGUAUAUAUGUUGUUGAUGGGAGGAAGUCUACUGAAGGCAUGGGUAGUGAACAUGUGGGAGAGAAGGUGGUAAAAAAGGUUGAAACUGUGAAUAAUAGCAAGAGUGUGGUUGAAAAGAGCAACUUUGAGUCUGCCACAAAAAUUAGAAAUUCCACUUCUAUUAGCAAGGGUAAAAGUGUGAUUGAAAAAAAUGUGGAGAAAGCUGUGGUUAAAUCAGUGGAGAAGAGGGUUGUUGAAAGUGUUAGUAAGAAUGUUGCUAUAUCUUUUGGUAGAAGUGGCAGUGAGAGAGUGGUUAAGUCUACUGAGAAGCAAGGUAGUGAGAGGGUGUAUAAGUCUACCGAGAAGCAAGCUUAAGCAGCAUAGAACUAAGAUGAUUCAGAGCAACUUAUCAAACUUAUAGCAACUUUAUAGAUGGAACUGAAAAUUUCACAGCAAAAACUUUUCUGAAAAUUUCCCCUUAAAUAAAUGCAAGAACAAGAAUAAACAUACAAAUUGAAUAGAACCUUACAUCGAUUUCAGUCAGGUGACAAAUUGAAUAGAACCCUAAAUCGAUUUGAACUCGCAAUUCGAAUAGAAUCCUAAAUUGAUUUGAACCCACAAUUCGAAAUAGAACCCUAAAUCGAUUUCCAUAAAAGUAGAAUCAAUGCAAUUCGAAAUAAACCCUACAUUGAAUCAAUGCAAUUCGAAAUAUGACUUUCAAGAAAGCUAACCCUGUUUUUGUUGAAAUUUUCUAGAUGGUGAUGUUCUCUCGAUGCAGAUUCAGAGAGAUUAGCGCGACGCGAUUUUCGCUCUAUGCAGAUAGAAAUUUUAAUUUUUUUCCC